AUGUCGUCUCCCGUGCCCCUGAAGGAGAAGCGCCUCCUGGAUGUCAGGAUCUCGGAGUUGCCCAGCUGGGUGCUGAUGCGGGACUUCACCCUGACGGGCACUGCUGGCGCCUUUCGUAGAGAACAUGAGCGGUUACGGAAAUAG